UCGAGGCCCUCGCCGCCCAGGCCGGAGACACCUGCCCGCCGCGCCCCGCGGCACGGCCAGCGCCCGCCAUGUCGGCCCAGGCCCAGAUGCGGGCCCUGCUGGACCAGCUCAUGGGCACGGCCCGGGACGGUUCAGUGUAUCUUUGCCUGCCUACAUCAAUCUGCAAGGGAGUUGCAGAAAAGCCUCAUGUUCAUCGAGCCGAGAUGAAACCAGACAAAGGGUGAAGUUUACAGACGAUCGUGUUUGCAAGAGCCACCUUCUGGAUUGCUGUCCCCAUGAUAUCCUCGCAGGAACACGAAUGGACCUGGGAGAGUGUACAAAGAUCCAUGACUUGGCACUGCGAGCAGAUUAUGAGAUUGCAAGUAAAGAGAGAGACCUAUUUUUUGAGCUGGAUGCGAUGGAUCACCUGGAAUCCUUCAUCGCAGAGUGUGAUAGGAGAACAGAACUGGCCAAGAAACGCCUGGCUGAGACACAGGAAGAGAUCAGCGCUGAAGUGUCUGCAAAGGCAGAGAAAGUACAUGAGCUGAAUGAAGACAUAGGAAAACUCCUAGCUAAAGCUGAGCAGCUGGGAGCUGAAGGAAAUGUUGAUGAGUCUCAGAAGAUCCUGAUGGAAGUGGAGAAAGUCCGAGCGAAAAAGAAAGAGGCAGAGGAAGAAUACCGAAAUUCAAUGCCUGCAUCCAGUUUUCAGCAGCAGAAGCUCCGUGUGUGUGAAGUCUGUUCAGCGUAUCUGGGUCUCCAUGACAACGACCGUCGUCUUGCUGACCACUUUGGAGGCAAAUUACACUUGGGUUUUAUUCAGAUUCGUGAGAAACUGGAUCAGCUGAGGAAAACAGUGGCAGAAAAGCAGGAGAAGAGAAACCAGGAUCGUUUGAGGAGGAGAGAGGAGAGAGAACGAGAGGAGAGAAUGGGCAGACGUGCUCCAACAGCUCUGUGGCUGUGUAAAUGGAACACCUCUGCGAGCCUGUACGCAGUGGGGAGACAGGAACAGUUACAAGAGUCUGGAUCAAGAAAUAGAGACCGUCGAAGAUCACGGUCUCGGGACAGGCGGCGGCGACGCUCAAGGUCGGCUUCCCGUGAGCGGCGGAAGUCUCGCUCCCGGUCCCGCGACCGACACAGACGCCACCGAAGCCGCUCCCGCAGCCACAGCAGAGGUCACCGGCGGGGGUCCAGAGACAGGAGUUCAAAACACAAAUCUUCUAGAGAUCGAUCUUCAAGAGAAAAGUCACGAGACAGAGAGAGGAAAGAGAAGAGCUCUUCUGAGAGGCGGCACGAGAGCACAAAUGGCAAAUCUCGUUCCAAGAGAUCAGAAGAGAGAGAAGCUGGCGAGAUCUGAACUCAAAUGAUCUGUGUUGCACUGUAAAUAGUCUGAUAAAACAUUCUACACAAAGCCUAAAUUCCCCAUUUAUAUUUACUGAAUAUAACUCAUCUUUUGUAGUUUGGAAUUUUUAUUGUUUGGCAGAUAGCUGUGAGUUUGUAGAGACAGAGUUACGUACUGUUUAACAGGAUCUUGUUUUAGUAGGAAUCAAUAAAUCUGGAUGGAUCGUUUCAAAUUCAG